AUGCCUGAAAGUGAUCCCGCUGAGGCAGUGCCUGUGGCUCGAGCUUAUUCGACUCUUGACUCUCGGAGCUAACGGACGCUCAACAUUUCAGUCCGGUUUACAAAUUGCAAACUUUUAUAUUACUUCUCUGUGUUUUUACCCCCCAAAGAAACGCACAGUUUGGAUUUUUCUUUGCAUUUUGGCGGGUUAGCGCGGGAGUGAGUGGUUGUGUGUUAAAUUUUUUUGCCUCUUUAAACAAUGAAUGGGUUAAAGAAGAAGAAUCAGAGGUGAUUUCUUAAGUUAAAAAAUUAGUUAAGUGCCAAAGAUUUUUUAAAAAGUGCGCACGUUGGUGGUAGUUUCGUGUGAAAUUUCAUCAAUCCACUUUGCAAAUCGCCACGAGAGUUUUUUUCUUCAUCUUCUCACCUCCUUCACGGCAGCUCCUGAAGAAUUUUCAUAGACCAGUUUAAAUAGAUAGUGUGUGCAAAUCUAUUUCUGGUUCAUCAACUUGCGUGGCAAAAGUAAGAGAUUUAUAUACUUUUGAUCUUCGCCUCUUUUUUCCACCACAUUCAAUUUCUUCACACAACUCUUGGUCAUCUAAGUACAAGACAUUGCGUGCAGUUGUAGCUAAUUCAGCAAACUUCUUGUAAAGUGUUUCAUUUAUAUCAAUUAAAAUCAGACGACGCUCAUUGAAACAAUUUUAGUGAUUGCGUAAAAGUGGAUUACAUAAAAGUAAAAAGAGUGUGUGGCACACGCACUUCAAAUAAAUAUAUAUUAACUUACAUAGAAAAUUUGGCAAAAUGAAUUCAAAGAGCGGUGCCAUGUUCCUACUACUUCUCACUGCGGUGGCCACAUACGGAUCAGCCAUCAGUGGGAUGAAGAACAUUCCAAAGGAGAACUUCUUAAUCACGGAUAAUCUGGCCGAUGGGGAAUUUGAGCGGCGGAUAAGCUUCGAUGGAUUGAUUGGGAAACAAACGAGCAUCAGUCAGACAACGAAAUCCCUCAAUUUGUGGCAACUCACAGAUGGUCACCUACUUCUGCAAUUUAUCUACUCGGGCGAAGAUAAGAUUAUUGAUUGCGAAUAUAUACGGCAAAAGCACCACAUUGAGGAGUUUAUCAGUAAAUUCAACGGCGACGUGGCCAUGGCCCAAUCACAAAAUUUUACAAAUAAUUUGCACCAUCAGUACACAAUGCCACACGUGACGAAGCACGAAUUUCGGGAAUUCCUUGACAAUGAUGCAAUCCCACCGAGCUAUCAGAUGGCAUUUGAGGAUGCUGAAGAUUUUGAGAAUUUCAAUGACGCCGCACGCAAAUCCGAACGAUACGGAAUGAGAAAUUUCACUUUUAUCGAACUCAAAACGCAACAAGACAUUCCAUUGGAUCUCCUUCCGUUGUUGAACAUUAAAGACAUCAAGGAGCAGUGCACAGCACGUCAUAGAGAGCUGAAAAGAAUUGUCGGUGGACUCGAUAGUGAUGAUGAGGAUAUUAAGAGGAAUGCCACAGAACAUCUCAAUCGACGAAAGCGAGCACUAUCAGAUAUGUUCAGAAUGCCAAACACAAAGUGGUGUGGAACAGGGAACGGUGCGGGCAUCUACAAUCAAUUGGGGGGAGCAUCAAAGGCGGACAUGUGUUGCCGAAAACACGAUCACUGUAAGCUCAACAUUCAGGCAAUGACGUCAAAAUGGCAGUUUUUCAAUUAUCGAUUUUACACGAUAAGCAGUUGUAGCUGCGACAGAAGAUUUCGUACUUGCCUGAAAAUGGCGGAUUCAGCGGAUGCAAAUAUUGUCGGGAAAAUCUUCUUCAACAUUGUCCAAUCCAAAUGUUUCAUUCUCAAGCCAGAGAAGUACUGCAAACAGCGCUCAUGGUGGGGUGAAUGCCUCAAAAAGGGUAUCCGGAAGCGCGCUCAUUUGCGAGAUAACAGGAAAUUUUAAGAUAUUUAUUUCUUUUUGUCUAUUGGUGGGAAAUGUGAGAAAAUUGUGAAUUUUCUUCAACUUAUACGUGUCCUAAAAAAAUAAGAAAAAUAAAAGCUUCUAAAGACUUACUACAGUGUAGUUGUAGUAAAAUGGAAAAUUCUAAGGAAAAUCAAAUUGAAAUAAUCAAAUUUGUAUACUUAAAGGAAUUUCUUUUCCAAAAAAAAAUAUCUUAUACUUAAGAGACACUUAAUUAGUUAGGUUAAUAGCGAAUGUAUUAUAAAAGGUAAUUAAUUUACAGGUGGGCUUUAUUUGGUGAACACUUCUUGAUUUAUGUUCAAAUCAUUCUGAUAUCAAAUAUAAUUUUAAAAAGAAAAAAAUCUUUGAAAAUUCAGUUAAAAUAAUUUAUUUAAAAAUUACCCAUUAAAUUAAGAUUCUUUCAACUGCAAAUUGAAGCCCAAAUGUAUCCCUUAAUUAGGCACAGCAAUGUGAUUCAUUAGAUCUUAACUUUUUUGUCUUAAUUUAAAAUAAAACUAUGUACAUGAGAGAAGAAAAAAAUUAAUAAUUGUAAAUUUCUAUUUAUUGCGUUUUUGGAUUUAAGUAGAUUUUUUUUCUCUAAUUAAGCUAAAUAUAAAACUUAAUUUUAAGUAGGAAAAAAAAUAUCAAAAAAUCAGCAUAAAUUGUAUAAUUGCAUUUAAAUAUUUAUAAAAUCAUCUCAUAAUACUACCAUAAAGGGAAAAUUAAUAUUAAUCGGUAUUCAUGACAAAGUAAAAAAAAUCACCAUUACCCCAUAAGAGAGAAUAUCUUAAUUUUAAGAGAAACUCGAAGAACUUGUAAAUUUUCGGUGCCAAAAAAUUGCCACAAUUUUUAUUGUAAUGAUGGUAAAUUAAUCCUAUAAACUACAAACAUGGAAUUGAGAAGAUUUUUUUAAA